UUCAACAACUUUGCUGCCGGUUCCGACGUCUGGCCAUCGCCAACAUCAAAACGGUGUCAGCUGUGCAUGACAAUGGCCUCCCGCCGUUGUAAAAUCACGGGAUCCUGAAGCCAAUCACACCCAAGCCAAAAGCAAUCGACAAUGAAGCUAGAAUCUUUUACAAGGAUAUCUCUGCUGUUUGCUAUUUUUCUGAAUGCUGGCCAUGGCUUUCUGCUACCUUCAGCAUGCCGAUCAUCAAUUGUGUUGAAGUCCGCUUCGUCCGAUACCGACACCGACACACUGACUAUACAACAGGCUUCGCAGAUCUUGCAAGAGUGGGACCAAUACUACAACAAGGAGAAUACCAGUGGCAACUCACUUCCUGAGGAAAUCAUGAACAAAAAUCGUCCCAUACUGCCCGCAGCCAUUCGUCUGUUGAAUGAAGCAGCAAGAGAAGAGCGUGACAAGGACUCCACAAUGGGUCGCUGCAUGUUGGGGAUCUGCGCUUCUUCCAUUGAUGAAGGCAUUGCAACACUCAAAUCCUGGGUAACUGGGCUUGGUUUGCCCCGAGGAAUACUACACGGCGCCGACAAAGAUGGAGUACAGCUUGAUCUGGACGGAGGCGUCUACAUCAAGUACAACACGGGAGGAUUUCUAACGUUUUCGCAAAUCAGAUCAUCAGGCAUGGGCUUUGAUGCACUCUGGAGGCCUGGAGACGCACUGCUGGAGCCAUAUGAUGGAAACUAUCGAGGUGUAUACUUUCAAGUGGAGCUGGAUGAUGGAGUCUUUCGACAGUAUUUGGUCCCAUUGGAUACCUUUGAUGAGGCGUGAUUGUGUUACCAAGUGCGCGUGUGUACCUUACCAGAGCAUGAGUUUGAUUGCCAUGGAAAAUUAUCAAUCAAAUCAACAAUCUGCAGCCCUGUUGCCUUGGCACAACCUGUACAGUCCAUAGUUAGUAAAGCUAGUACUAGUCCGUAAAGGAACUAAUCAAAACUACUCUCAUAUUUUCAAAAGUCAGAUACAUAGUAAUUAGAAUAGUAAGCCAAUAUAGCACAGA